UGUACACGAAGUCCACGUUUCUGGGUCUGCUUCUGAACCGUAGAUCAUUUUGCCGUUGACUAGGCUUUGUAAGUAAGUUCACUACUUACUAUUUCGUGCAUCUUGUGAGAGACUUUGCCUGCGUAGAGACGCGUAGGAAGCCAUUUCUUGAGUACGGCUUCUCGAGGGUAAGAGACUGCUGUUCACGCUGAAGUCGCCUGAUUCACACUCUGAACAGAUGCACGUGGAGUGGAAAGACAGACUACUCAUUGCUUAGUGAUGGAAGUUUUGUCAGAUGAAGAUUUUGUGGUAGGGGAACCCAUUCGGGGUAACCGAACGUGCCGCGCUGUCACUGUCUAUGUGGCUGAAACUAGGACUACUUUUCCCCCAUCUAGCGAACAACUUGAACUGUGGAACUGUGAAACUAUGUAUCUUGUCGAAAUAGAGUCAGCAAAAGUUUGUCUAGCUUAUCCAACUCUUCAUGGAAGGCGAGAAAUUGUCUUGGCUGCUUUCAGUCGAACUCCACACUGUAUCAAGUACAUUUCUGUACACAAGACCUGUGUAAGACUUGAUUUUAUGAUGAGAAUGCCUUUUCUUGCAACCCAGACUCUGCAGAUACAAGGUCUUGCUCGAGAACUCUAAUCUUGUUUUGAAGUUCCACUAUUUCAUUUGCUUGUUGUUCAAUUAUCGGACGUAAACCAUCAGCUUCAGCGCCUCAGUGACAUUUUUGACAAUUAUCAUCUUCAUCUUCAAUUUUGAGAUCACUACUAUACACAUGUCUUGAUCAACUGCGGAUGAGGUAGAACAGCCUCUGCUUUCUGAUUUAGACAUUACAGCUAUGGAAUAGUGCGUAUGUGUUGUGUUACUUUAGACAUAAACUGUUGCUGGGACUUGUAGACUGGCAGUGCUAAUUCUAGACAGACUACAGAGUACGUGUACUGUACUCUGAUCCGCGUCAGUGUACUUAUCGAGUGCAAGUUAUCACAGUAAGAACUUCGACUUGGCCAAUCACAUAUAUA